GGGGAAAAGGUUAGCUUCACUUCUGUCCGCACCGUGGAAGCCAACGGUUCUCGCGCAACUGCCGUGACGGUCGGUCCGCUCUACACAUUCGCGUCCAUCACAAAGCGAUCACCUUCCAUCCCCUUCCCUUUGCCAACAUUCGACCAACAUUCGAAAGCGCGUUCGUUGCUUGGUGCGCGUUGAUGUCGUGGCGACUUCUUUGCGCGAACGCUCCCUCGUAUAUUCCCUUCACUUGAGCGCGUGAGGGAAGUGUGUGACAUUUAAGAGAAGGUUUUUUUUUCCUUCUUUCACAAAACGAUCGGUGCACACAAAGCGCUCAGAUACGCAUCGGCGGCCCCGUAGACGGUGUUGAAAAAAAAUCGUUUAAAAUUGUGCAUUUUGUGUUGUUUACGCUUAUCUUUACGCUGGAGCGCCGCGCACACGCCAAAGGAAGUGAGUGAUAGUGAUCUAUUUAGGGAGGGGUAGGGAGAGCAGAAAGACGAAAAAAAAAUCAUCGAAAACAAGAAACAAACCCCGUCGAACAAGUGUUGCGCGAUAUAAUACCGCCAAAGUGCGAGAAGCAAGAACUGAUAAGGAAACAAGGGGAAGAGCAAGAUCGCUUCCCAGAGACUUGGUGUGCUCGAGACAGAAGCCAGCAGACAACAUAAUUAUGCUGCUGCCGACGGUGAAUCGAUUGCCGAGGAUUGGCUGUUGCCUAACGCUGGUCGCUCUGUUGGUGCUGCUGCUACACGCCCGUUCUGGGAGCGGUGCCGUCGUGACGGACCACGAUCGGGUGGUGACGUGCUACAUCUCCACCUGGGCCGUUUACCGUACCGGUAGCGCGUCCUACCCGCUCGACGCCUUCGAUCCCACCCUCUGUACGCAUGCCAUCUACGCGUUUGCCGGGCUGGAUGAGGAGAAGAAUGCCAUCAAAUCGCUGGAUGCCUGGCAGGACCUGAAAGACAACUACGGCAAGGGUGGGUACGAAAAGCUGACCGGCAUGAGGGCCGCACAUCCCCAUCUGAAGGUGCUGCUCGCCAUCGGUGGCUGGAACGAGGGCUCGGAGAAGUACUCCAACCUGGCGGCGAACCCGGAACGGCGCCAAGCAUUCGUGAAGAAUGCACUCGACUUUGUCAAACAGUACGGGUUCGAUGGGCUUGACCUGGACUGGGAGUAUCCGACGCAGCGCGGCGGCAAACCGGCCGAUCGGGAAAACUUUGUCGCGCUCGUGCGCGAACUGAGCCAGCUGUUCCGCAAGCACAACCUGCUGCUAACGUCCGCGUUCGGUGCGGGCAAGGACACGAUCGAUUCGGCGUACGACGUGAAGGCGCUCUCGAAGUACCUGGACUUUCUGCACAUCAUGUGCUACGACUACAAGGGCAGCUGGGACGGACGGAUCGGGCCGAACGCACCACUAACCAGCCGCGACUACCUGAACGUGGAGUACUCGAUCGAGCAUCUGCUCGAGCUGGGCGCACCGGCCAGCAAGCUCGUGCUGGGGCUCCCGUUCUACGGCCGCACCUUCGUCAGCCCGAUGGCGAAGGCCCGGUUGGGCGACACGUCCGACAAGGUCGGGUUUGCCGGGCCCUCCACCAAAGAGAACGGGUUCAUGGGCUACAACGAGGUGUGCGAGGAGCUGAAGCGCAACCCGGACGACUGGACGCUCGAGUGGGACGCGGCCGCCUCCGAGAUGGUGGCGAUCAAGUCGAACGGCACUGCCUCGCAGGUGGUCGUGUACGAUAGUACACGCUCGAUCGCAAACAAGGUACGAUUUGCUGUGCGGCAAAAGCUCGCCGGCCUGAUGGUGUGGUCGGUCGAUACGGACGACUUCAAUGGGCUGUGCGCACCGGAAGCGGACACGUACAAAGACUUUGGCGGAGCGGGGCUGACGAUACCGCCGCCUGUUAGUGGCAAGUACCCGCUGCUGAAGACGAUCAGCAACGCCGUGCUGGUGGCGACCGACGAGCAGACGCAGGAGAACGUCAUCCCGAACGGGCCGGAGGAGGUGCCGUCGGCCGGCGGUACGUCGACUGGACCGUCUGGGGCCGCAUCGGUUGCCGGGGCUAGUUGGCUGCUGUCGGUGGUGCUCCUCGUUGCCACCGUGACCGUCACUGUGCGAACGCUGUAAAGUAGUGCGUAAUCAAAAUUCUGUAAGUUUACCUGUGUUAAUGAAACUCCCAAUCGAAAUGUUGCCAAAACAUUAUUUCGCCUUACCAAA